AUGGGAAAUCUCAACCUUUUAAACCAACAAGCAAACAUUGAGCCCCCUUGCUUGGAUGAUACACAGGCAAGUUUCAAUCUGUUGUGUGAACAAUCUGUUAUUGACCUCACUUCAGCUCUGAUUGUUGGGUGCCAAGCCUCGGGGAAGCUUCGGAGAGCUCUCAGCUACCGAGCUUUUUUGCCCCGCAAAAUUGGGGGCUCACCGCUUGCGUCAUUCACCGCCCCAAUAAUCCGGGGUCGAAGCUCGAAGCUUCCAAGCUUAACCUUGAGUCUGUAA